AUGUCUUCCCCUAGAAGUUUAACCUUUCUUCGGAAGUUUUACCUUUCUCCUGAGGUUUCGCUUUCCGUCUUCCGCGGGGGAUUUCGUCUUUCGCCAGAGGUUUCACUUUUCUCCAGGGGGUUUCGUCUUUCGUCCCUCAACAACCUGAGGUUUAGUGCUUCCCCAUUUACAAAAUUGGUCUCGUCUAAAAACUAUAAUGCAGCACCAACAGUUUAUGAGGUCGAUAAAGAUUAUUGGUGCCUAAAAACUACAAUUGACGAUAUUCGGGCAAAAUAUGGGCUAGGAGGUGGUAAUAGAAUUAAAGACCCUAAUCUUGAUCAAAAUUCUGACCUAGAACUAGAAAGUGAUUUGACUGUUGCUGAUAUUAGAAGAAUUGUAAAGAUCCAACAAUUAUUGGAAAAGGCUGCACAAGAUUUAUCGGUGUUGGUUUCUGCUUCACCUCCAGAAAUCUUUAGCAAUCCUGAUAGCAUAAAAGAUGAUGAUGUUGCUGUUAAAGCUAAUGUUAAAAAAACUAUAUGGUUAGCUGAGGACGAUGAUGUUUCUGGCAAUGCUGAAGAAGCAAUUAAGAGUUUCAAAGAAAAUAGAGUUGCUGUUGCUGGUAAUGUUGAAGCGAAUGCCUAUACUUUAGAAGAUGGUAAAGAUGAGAAUCCUCCUGUUGGAUUUCGACAAGAUCUGUCAUAUCCAACUUUACGUGACCAAAAUAGUUAUGACGUAAUAGUAAUUUUACGAGUCAUAAUAGGGUUGGCAUUUUGGAAAAUUUCACCUGCUCUAGUCCAUUUUUCUAUUGUUCCGUUGAGUGUUUUUAAUAUUAAACCUUACUAA